AUGGUAGAAGGAAAAGUAUUUGUCGUUUCGAAUAGAUUACCAGUCACCAUCAAAAGAAAAGAAGAUGGAUCAUACGACUACUCCAUGUCAUCAGGUGGACUAGUCACUGCAUUACAAGGAUUGAAAAAAACCACUGAAUUCCAAUGGUUAGGAUGGCCCGGAUUAGAAAUACCUGAAGAUGAACAAGCCAAAGUCAAUAAGGACUUGAUGAAUAAGUUCAAGUGUACUGCCAUUUUCCUUUCUGACACAAUUGCCGAUUUACACUAUAAUGGAUUCAGUAAUUCCAUCUUGUGGCCAUUGUUUCAUUAUCAUCCUGGUGAAAUGAAUUUCGAUGAAAAUGCAUGGGCAGCAUAUAUCGAAGCCAACAAGAAAUUUGCCGUGGAAAUUUCAAAACAAGUUGAAGAUAACGAUAUGGUUUGGGUACAUGAUUAUCAUUUGAUGCUAUUACCAGAAAUGUUGCGACAAGAAAUUGGCUCUCUGAAGAAAAACAUUCGUAUUGGGUUUUUCUUGCAUACGCCAUUCCCAUCAUCGGAAAUUUAUCGUAUUUUACCAGUUAGAAAAGAAAUUCUUGUUGGGGUUUUAAGUUGUGACUUGAUUGGUUUCCACACUUAUGACUAUGCUCGUCAUUUCUUGAGUUCAGUAUCAAGAAUCGUACCCAAUGUCAAGACAUUACCCAAUGGAAUCCUCUAUGAAAACCGAUCAAUUAGUAUUGGUGCUUUCCCCAUUGGUAUCGAUGUUGAUAAUUUCACCGAAGGGCUCAAAAACCCCGAAGUUCAACAACGUAUAACUCAAUUGGAGAAAAAAUUUGACGGCGUUAAAGUCAUUGUUGGAGUUGAUCGGUUGGAUUAUAUAAAGGGGGUCCCACAAAAAUUGCAUGCUUUUGAAAUUUUCUUGCAACAAAAUCCUGAAUGGAUAGGUAAAGUUGUUCUUGUUCAAGUUGCAGUGCCACUGAGAGGCGAUGUUGAAGAGUAUCAAAGUUUAAGAGCAACAGUUAAUGAAUUGGUGGGGAGAAUCAAUGGUCAAUUUGGCACGGUUGAAUUUGUCCCCAUUCACUAUAUGCAUAAAUCCAUUCCUUUUAAUGAGUUACUUUCAUUAUACAAUAUCAGUGAUGUAUGUUUAGUUAGUUCAACCAGAGAUGGAAUGAACUUGGUGUCGUAUGAAUACAUUGCAUGUCAACAACAACGUAAGGGGGCGUUGAUUUUGUCGGAAUUUGCUGGUGCGGCUCAAUGUUUGUCGGGGGCAAUUGUGGUUAAUCCAUGGAACACUGAAGAUUUAAGUGAUGCCAUAAAGGAAAGUUUGACAUUACCACUGGAGAAGAAGGCGUUCAAUUUUACGAAAAUGUUUGAUUAUAUUUCCAAAUAUACUUCUGGUUAUUGGGGAGAGUCAUUUGUUAAGGAAUUGUAUAAAUGCAAUGCUGAUGUGAAACCAGUAGAUGCAAAAGAAGAAAGGAAACGCGGUGACUGA